AUGCCGAGAGAAAUCAUCACACUCCAAGCAGGCCAAUGCGGCAAUAGCGUGGGCUCCCAGUUCUGGCAACAACUGUGUCAGGAACAUGGAAUCAACCGUGACGGAAACCUCGAGGACUUUGCGACUGAAGGAGGUGAUCGCAAGGAUGUCUUCUUCUACCAGUCCGACGACACGCGCUACAUCCCACGCGCCAUCCUAAUGGACCUCGAACCGAGAGUCAUCAAUGGAAUCCAAACCGGCCCGUACAAGAACAUCUACAACCCCGAAAACUUCUACAUCCACAGCGGCGGCACUGGAGCUGGAAACAACUGGGCUGCUGGUUACUCCAUGGGCGAGACUGUACAAGAGGAGGUUCUGGACAUGAUCGAUCGUGAGGCAGACGGCAGCGACAGUCUUGAGGGCUUCAUGCUGCUGCACUCCAUCGCUGGUGGCACUGGUUCAGGCUUGGGCUCAUACUUACUCGAACGACUCAACGACCGCUUCCCCAAGAAGCUGAUCCAGACAUACUCGGUCUUUCCGGAUACCGUACAAUCGGGCGAUGUCGUUGUUCAACCCUACAACUCUUUGCUAUCCAUGAAGCGACUCACACAACAAGCCGACAGUGUCAUUGUGCUCGACAAUGGCGCUCUAUCGCGUAUCGCAGCAGACACACUUCACGUCCAAGAACCUUCUUUCCAACAGACAAAUCAACUCGUCAGCACAGUCAUGUCCGCCUCGACGACAACACUCCGCUACCCAGGCUACAUGCAUAACGACCUUGUCGGCAUCGUCGCCUCUCUAAUCCCCACCCCGCGCUGCCAUUUCUUGCAAACAAGCUACACACCAUUCACCGGCGAGAACGUCGAAGCCGCAAAGACCGUCAGAAGAACCACAGUCCUGGAAGUCAUGAGAAGAUUGUUGCAGCCCAAGAACAGAAUGGUCUCCUCAAACCCAGGAAAGAACAGCUGCUACAUCAGUAUCCUGAACAUCAUCAUGGGCGAAGCCGAUCCAACUGAUGUCCACAAAUCCCUCCUCCGCAUCCGCGAACGCCGCCUCGCAACCUUCAUCCCCUGGGGCCCGGCCUCCAUCCAAGUAGCCCUAACCCGCACAUCCCCCUACACAACCACCGCCCACACCCCACGCGUCUCCGGCCUGAUGCUAGCCAACCACACCGGCAUUGCGACCCUCUUCAAACGCAUUGUUUUCCAAUACGAUCGCUUACGCAAGCGAAACGCCUUUUUGGAGCAAUACAAACGCGAAGAUGCUUUUAGGGAUGGAUUGGGGGAAUUUGAUGAUGCGAGGGAGGUUGUUAUGGAUUUGGUCAGGGAGUAUGAGGAUGCGGAGAAGGAGACGUAUUUGAGUGGGCCCACUGGGCCUGUGGAGUCGGAGGAGAAGGAUGGGAGGACUGAUGGGAUUAGAUGA